UGUAUGAUUUUUUUUUUUUUACUUUGUAUUUACCAUCGUGACGUUGUGCCUUGAAUAAAAGAAAUAUCUCAGCAUUGUGCGGGGAUGUCAGUGUGGCGCACCGCAAUAACAGGAACUUUGUGUAUACUAUAUUUAUAGUUGUUGUGUGAGUGAUAAUUGAGUCGUGCGUACUUACGUUCACUGCAUCAAAAUGGCGCCCGGUAAUAUGCCAUGCUCGUUUUGGUGGCGACUUAUUGUCGUACUUUUCUGGUUAAAUAGUGUCUACAGUCAGGCAACCGAUAGUGUACGACUUGUGAAUGGUCCAUCGCCCAGUGAAGGAAGAGUAGAGAUUUUGUACAAUGGCCAAUGGAACACCAUCUGUGAUGACUACUGGCAUCUCGAAGAAGCACAGGUUGUAUGUCGUCAGCUUGGCUAUAGCACCGAUAAUAUCGUGGCAAGGAGUUUAGCCUUCUAUGGUCGAGGAUCAGGACCGAUUCAACGAGCCCAAUGUGAUGGUUGGGAGUUUACCUUGGAAUCCUGUACUCUGACUUCAGGGGAUUACGCAUGUGGCCAUUAUCAGGAUGCAGGAGUAAGAUGUGAGGAACCCUAUAGUGUACGACUUGUAAAUGGUCCAUCGCCCAGUGAAGGAAGAGUAGAGAUUUUGUACAAUGGCCAAUGGAACACCAUCUGUGAUGAUAACUGGAAUUAUGAUGAAGCAGAGAUUGUUUGUCGUCAGCUUGGCUAUGGCACUGAUAAUGUAACACCAAGGAGUUUAGCCUACUAUGGUGAAGGAUCAGGACCGAUUCAACGAGUCCACUGCUGGGGUUGGGAGGAUAGCUGGGAAUCAUGUACUGUGUCUUCAGGGGAUUCCUCAUGUGGCCAUUAUGAGGAUGCAGGAGUAAGAUGCGGGACCGACGUUUCCACAACCUUAGAUCCAUUUCAAUGGCUAACGACAACCACAGGCUAUUAUGGUGGAAUCUAUGACGUACGGCUCGUAAACGGUCCAUCGCCCAGUGAAGGAAGAGUAGAGAUUUUAUACAAUGGCCAAUGGAACACUAUCUGUGAUACCUGGAAUCCUGAAACAGCGCAGGUUGUAUGUCGUCAGCUCGGCUAUGACACUGAUAAUGUUGUACCAAGGGGCUAUGCCUACUAUGGUGAAGGAUCAGGACCAAUUCAACAAGUCCAGUGCUCCGGUUGGGAGUAUACCUUGGAUCACUGUUCUCUGUCUUCAGGGGAUUCCGUAUGCAGGCACAUUGAGGAUGCAGGAGUAAAAUGCGGAACAUCAGGAACAUCUCCUCGGGUAAUCGGAUCAAUGUCAUUCGUCGGAGUGUCCUUGUUUCUCCUAACCAUCAUCGCCAUAGUUGCUGUUGUGUUCGUGUGCAAUCAACAAAAGAUUUCUCCUUCAGCAGCUAUGGGAAUGCAACAGUUAACUACUCUUACCACUAACCCUGCACUUCAUCCAGCAUCAACCAUGCCCAUGCCUGCACCCGUCUGCGUCGAUGUACCUGUUUAGAUGGUGGACAGAAACCCACGUUUGCUUAUUAGAAGAUUCCACCUGCCAUUCUAAAAGGUGUGCCU